ACCCAGUCCCUGACUGAAUGAUAUAGUCACUUGGUGUUUUUCAGUUUUACGUUUUACGAUUGCAGUGUUUUGUUCGUAAUGUCUUACUUUUAUCAGAAUCGGUACAUACGUAUGUGUACAGGUUAAAUAUCCGAUGAUGUGGAGAUCUCUAAAAGAUAUCACAUGAAAUCUAACAUACCCUACAACAUGUCAGAAGUUGGGAAUCAUGUUUGUAUGUGCUCCAUGAAAAUACGUUUAUCGCUUGCAUUAUUUAAAUAUACUCAUUUUGCAGUGAGUACUCGUAGUUAGUAGGAGGAAUGGGCACCACUCGUAUAUCCCAGGAAGCAAUAAGCUUAUUGCAUCAUAUUUAGCUUAACCUAUAUGUGGGUCAGCAAACUUUCGAGUCAAAAUCGUUUUGAUCCACAUGUGGGACUGUGGACAGUGAAUGUAAUAACUUACAGGAUAUAUAAAUAACAAAGAUGUCGGUCCAUUAUAAAUUCAAAUCCACUUUGGAUUACGACACUGUGUCCUUUGAUGGAUUGCAUAUUUCAGUAGCAGAUUUGAAAAAGGCUAUUUUUCAUCAAAAGCGUAUAGGGAAAAAUACAGACUUUGAUUUGCAAAUAACAAAUGCGCAAACUAAAGAAGAUUAUACAGAUGAUAAUGCACUGAUUGCAAAAAAUACUAGCCUUAUUGUUGCUAGGGUUCCAUUAACAGUGCAGCAAAAGCGGUCAUGGGAUAGAAAUGAAACUCCUUCGUUUAGUAACUUAAAAGAUGAAGCCAGUCUUGGUCGAGCUGUAGAUCUUACAAGACUCGAUGGCUCUGAAGAAGAUAAGAUUCGAGCAAUGAUGACUCAGUCUACGCAAGACUACGAUCCAUCAAAUUACAUGAAAAUAAGAGGAGCCAAUCAAACUGGUGAUGUACCUGCAAAUUAUCGUUGCUACAAAUGUCAUCAGCCAGGUCAUUGGAUAAAGAAUUGUCCACUUGGAACAAAUCAAGAGCCUAUAGAAAUUAAGAAAAGUACAGGUAUUCCUAGAAGUUUUAUGGUUCCAGUUGAAGGACCACGAGUUCCUGGUGCUAUGAUGACACCAACAGGCCAGUAUGCAGUCCCAGCCAUUGAUCAUCAAGCUUACAAAGAAGGAAAAAAAGAACGACCUCCGUUUUCACAAGAUCCAGAACCUGCUGUGGAAAAACCAGAAAUUCCAGAGGACCUAUUAUGUAAUAUUUGCAAAGAUCUUUUAACGGAUGCAGUAAUGAUACCAUGUUGUGGGAAUUCAUUCUGCGAUGAAUGUAUCCGUACAUUCUUAUUAGAAUCUGAAGAACACGAAUGUCCAGACUGUAAUGAGAAAGACGUUUCGCCGGAAACUCUAAUACCGAAUCGUUUCCUACGGAAUGCUGUAAUGAACUUUAAAAAUGAGACUGGAUAUGCUAAAAGACAGACGUAUAGACAAUCCACGCAAAUAAAUAGGCAACCCGUAACGCAAACGGAACAUCAGAAAAUCGAACAAAUUUCAAAUCAAAUAUCAGGUCAAACUAAAAAUGCCCAAGCUCCAAGUACUACGAAUACAUCGUCUCAAGAAUGUACAGAAUCACAAUUAGGAAACACUGAACCUGCUCCGCAACAAUUUCCAGCAAGUAAUGCACAACCGCAAGCAACAAUUCUUCCUGAAUCAACAUCAGAAUCUGAUUUGCAAAGUGAUUCCGUAACAAAGUUGAUUACUGACGAGGAAACAGAAGUGCCACCACCUCCAGGAACAGAGCCGUUACUUCCAAUACCUGCUAUUGGUAGCUCACCAGAAAGAGACAGAGAAAGAAGUGAUCCACCAAGUCGUGAGAAGAAAGAUCGCGAAAAUGAGUAUUCCGGAGAAAGACAACCGAGAGAACGUAGGCGAAGUUUCAGCAGAGAUGGUCAUCGUGACAGAAGCGGAGAGCGUGGUCGUAGAAUUGAAAAUUUGCGACCAGUAAGUAGAAGACGAUCAUUGUCCCCUAGGCACUCUCAGCGCAGUGAGUACAGUUCUCAGGGGACACCGUUACCACAUUUAAUGAACCCACCCCCAACAAAAAAUUAUCAAGGACUACCGCCUGAUGAUGGACAUUAUCCACCCAGCAUGCAUUAUGAUAGUGCCAUACGUAGAUCAACCGAAGAUCGCCCAGGCACUCCAACAGUUGACGAGCCACACUUGCAUGUGAAUCCUUCUGGCAAUCAGCCACCUCUUUUACCUUUCCCACCAGGAGAAGAUCGUAUCCCACAACCAAGCUAUAAUCAACCUCCACCCAAUGUACCGCAUAAUCCACCUUUACUGCCAGAUCCAUAUAUGAGUCAUCGAAUACCUAUAUAUCCUCAUCAACAAGGAUCUCAUUAUGGACCUCCACGAUACGAAAGACCUCCUUAUCAACAACAGGGAUACAGACCAUCACAACCACCUCGGAACUAUAAUGGGCCGCCACGACCAAUUAGGGGAUUGCAUCAUAUUGGUUAUCGAGGAUUACAACCACCACCACCUGGAUUAAGUAGAAAUAUUCAUAAUGGCAAUCCACCUGGCAUAAUCGAUGAUCCACUAGAAGCUUUUGAACGAAUGCUCAGAGAAAAAGAUGAACGCGAUAGAAGACUUGGUAAACAUAGAAGAAGAAGUAGAACACGAUCAAGAUCUCGUAGUUACAGUAGGUCUAGAUCACGUUCGUUUGGACGUAGAUCACCGUUUCCAACGCGUUUAAGUCGAUCUAGAAGUCCUCCUUCAAAGAGAAGGUCUUCGAGGUCGCCUCUACCUCUCAGAGUGCGAAGUCGCACACCGAAACGUAGAUCAAGAAGCGGAAGUUUCUCGAUUAGCAGAUCUAGAUCGUAUUCGCGUAGUCAAUCUCCCAGAUUAUCUUUGUCUCGAGAUAGAGAUAGAGACAGAGAUCGGGAGCGGGAUCGAGAUCGAGAUCGAGAUCGUGAACGUGAUCGAGAACGAGAUCGUGAACGGGAUCGUGAUCGAGAGCGGGAUCGAGACCGUGAUCGUGAUCGUGAUCGUGACCGCGAUCGUGAUCGCGAUAGAGAAAUAAUUUCUAGAUAUCGAUCGCCAGCUAGAUCGCCUCUAAGAUUUCAAAGAGAGAGAGAUCGCGAUAGAGAACGACCAAGAUCACGCGAGCCUAGGGAACCAUACAAUAGUUAUUACAAUGAUUCACCAGCACAUGAUUAUCAAUUGAGAGAUCGAGAGCGUGAUUUACCUCCUAGAGAGAGACCAAUACCGAGGUAUCCGAUAAGGAACCAACCAACUCAACAUAAUAUACCACCUUUGCUGCCACCUUUGCUAGUCACUGGAAGUCACCCACCGCCGCUUAUGUCAUUGGGACCUCCGCCUACGGACAGGAAAGACUAUUAUGAUUCCUACAACAGGUAUUCCGGACCAUCUACGCAACGUUUUGGCAGUCCUAUACGUGAUGCGCCUCACAAAAAAAGAUUCGACGAUGUUGCUCCUCCUGGAACAGAAGGUUACUACGAUCUCUCACCACCGGGCGUUGAACAUUCUGAUAGAUCUAUACGUGACGAUCGUGAUCGACGUUUAUUGAGAGAUCAGGAAGAUCGUGAACAUUCUCUGAAGGAUCAUGAUGUCGAAGAACGAGAUAGAAUAUCUUUAAGGGAAGAUAGAGGACGCGAACGCGACGACCGUUUACGCGAAAGGGAUGAACGAGAUCGAAGAGUUUUAAAUAGAGAUCGCGAAGAUCGCGAAAGACAAGCAUUAUCUAGAGAUCACGAUGAUAGACCACGCGAAAAGGAUGAACGCGAUAGAAGGGAAAAAGAAAAAGAGCGAGACGACAGACAUAAUACUCGUGAUCGUCGUGAUGACGAUAGGCAUCUUGAGAAAAAAGAUUAUGACAAAGAUCGUUACAGGGAUGACAGGGAUCGUCACAGGCCAGAUGAUAAAAAUCGUGCGCGCGAAAAAGACAGGCGUGAACGAGAUUACGAAGCUGAAAAGGAUAGGGAUCGGCACGAACGGUACGAAAGACGUUCCGUAGAAAGGAAAAAGAACAGGAAGAGUCCGACACCUUAUUCGCAGAAAUGCAGGACAGAUACGAAAGAUAUAUCGCCCGAGCGUAUAAAGAAAAAGGAAAAGGAUCACGAAGAAAAGAACGAAGAGAAGAAGAAAGAGAAGAAGCUCAAAGAUAAGAAAAAGAAAAAGGACGACGAAAAGGAAAAGAAGAAGAAGAAAAAGAAAGAAAAGAAGUCGGGACAGAAAGAGAUCGCGAAAGAUGAACCUAUUAAAUCCGUUGAACACGAGGAAUUGAUGGUAGAGAAUAAACAAGAAACUAUGUCACCUACGAAAACUGACAUCAUGAAACCAAGCAGCGAGGACGGAAAUAUCGAUAACAGGAUAGAUUGUAUUCCCACGGAUUCUAUUAUGGAAGAGUCAAUUAAAGAAGAAUUCGAAGACAAAUCUUUAGCUAUGAAUCCGGAGCCUCCAGAAUUUAACGAGGCUAGUCCAGAAAGAAUCGAUCAUACGGAAUUUGGAACAAACCCUCCGAAUCCUAAUUUCAAGCCAAUACCCGAGUUAAAAUCAGAAAUCAAACCUAUCGAUAGUCUUUACAGCGGGCUGGACGAUGCAGAGAUAAAUACUGUGAUCACGGAGAAAUAUUCUCUACUUUCGGAAAACGAAACGGAAGAUAAGAGUACUUUAUUAACAGAAAAAUCGCCGAAGAAAGAUGAAUUUCUAGCUCCCAUGCCGGAAUUGUCGAAAUGGGAAAGAGACGAUACCAUAGAAAAAUCGGACGAGGUCUGCGAAUCACCUAUAGAAAAGAUCCAAAUGGACGAACCAAAGUCCACGAAAGUAGUCACAUCGGAAGUAUUGAAACGUGCCGAGAAUGCAAUUUUCCAGAAAGCAAUUAACGCGAUUAGACCUAUCGAGAUUAAGAAAAUUAGCGAAAGUAGGAAAGUAUUGUAUCAAAAUCCAGAGCCUAAAGUACUUGAAGCUGAGCCGAACAGAGAGCCGAGAAAGAGCGUGAACGUUACCAUAAACGUCGGACGGAACGAAAGAAAUGUCGAGAUUACCGAGCCAGUGAAGAAAGCUAAGCUGGACAGAACGAAAUUCAAACCGGUCCCUGAAACUUACUCGCCUACGAGGCUCUCUGCUAAAGAGAGGCUGGGUGAGAAAGUGGAAGAGAACAAAGAACGGAAAAUCAGUCCGAUUAAAAGUUUCUUGGAUAGACGGGAAACGAAAAGCGAAACUCAAUCUAGAAGUCGAUCUCCUCGAAGCGGUAGAGAUAAGAGAAUUUCUCCGCUUUUAGAUAGACGGGUCGAUUCGUCGUUGUCGUUAUCGGGAAAUGAACGCAAGGUAUUCCUCGACGAUAGGAAACGAGAUAAUAAAGAACGAGGUGAUCGUUCGAAAGACAGAAAUGAUUUCAGAAGCGAACGACACGACAUGAGGUCCGAACGAGAUCCGAGACUCGAUUCUAGAGGCGACUUUAGGCCAGCUCGAAACGAUUCUAAAGGCGAUAGAAUAGAGAAAGAUAGAGAAAAGGAAAGGGACAGGGAAAGAAGAGGAAGAACGCCGACGUGCACGUUUAAACGAAGCGAAAUUCCAAAGGUUAGUCUUUUAAAAAGCAAGGACGACGAGGACGAUAGAAGAAAGGAGAAGAAGGUAAAAGAAGAAAAGAAAAGGAAAAAGGAACAUCGAAGUAGAAGUAAAUCUAAAGAGCAUAAGAAACGAAAAGACAAAAAACAUAAAAAGGAUAAGGAGAAAAAUUUAGAGAAGAAGCAGAAGCAUAAAGAAAGCCUUGCUUUGAAAGAUAAACCAGAGAUCAAUGAAACUAAAAUAAGUUACGAAAAUCCUGAACCUCCAGUUACAGAGUCUGUAAAGAAACAAAGAAAGAAUCCGAGGCUUGUUUCUGAUCGUAAGCGCAGCAUGCUCGACGAAGCCAGUUUCGAGCCCGAUUAUAGCGCUUCGGAUUCGGAGUCAGACGGGGAUGAUGGCAAAAUAAUGACUAUACCCGCGAAGAAACUGAAACUUGACGAGCCAGAUAUCGAGAAAGAAGUAGAAAUAAAGUCUCUUAAGAAACGAUCGAAGUCUACGAGCAGCGAAGAUUCGUCUACCAGUUCGGAUACUUCAACUACCGAUUCCGAUAGUUCGGACGAGUCGCACAAGAAAAAGAAGAAGAAACACAAGAAGCAUAAGAAAAAGAAAUCUACUAAAAGAGACACUAGCUCGGAUUCGGAUUCUUAUUCGGAUUCGUCUGAUACAAGUAGCGACGAGGAGAAACACAAAAAGAAAUCAAAAAAAUCAAAGAGUAGAAAUAAACAAGCAAAGAAGAAAAAGAAGUCGAAGCACAAAUGAUAUCGCUAAAUGUCCAUAUUAUUUAAAAGUUGAAUUCUGAAAGAAACCUUUUCUUUAUCGAUGCUUUUUAAUGUAAGAUUCCCUGCCAGAAUUAUUUAAAAUUAUAUGCACCGAAACAAUACGAAACAAAGUAGACCUUAUUCUGUAUUUAUAAUAUUGUAAGUGUUCAAAGUUCAUUUGAAAUAGACAUUGUCGAUUUAUUACUUGUUAUUAAUAGUCAAUACUUCUGGGAUACGAACUUUUAAUGAGAAAAUGAAUUUGAAAAGAAAGCUACGACAUUGAUUUGUUAUAUAUAAUUUUGAAAUGUUAUUAAGGCCUUUACAUAUAAUUGUCUACAUUUCAAUUUCAACAAUUAAAUGCUGUAAGUAAAUUUAUUACAGUAAGUGAUGUAUAUUAUAGCAUUCAGUAGAUAAUGAUAUCAUUAAGAAAUCUGGUACAAUACUUCUAGAAAGCAACAGCAGUUAUAUUUAAGAUCUCUAAUAUCUCAGCAUUAUAUUGUACUUUCGUAAUGUAAUGUCAAUAUGUAAAAGAUGUCAUAAAAUAAAAAGACGAAAUUCUUUUAA